AUGGAGGCCCAACCAGGGUGUUCUUCCUCUUCAGACGCUCCAGUCUCCAAGAGGUUAGAGGGCAAGGUGGCUCUCAUAACCGGUGGAGCUAGUGGCAUCGGCGAAGCCACCGCUAGGCUUUUCCUUCGCCACGGCGCCAAGGUCAUCAUCGCCGACAUCCAAGACAACCUCGGACACUCUCUUUGUCAAAACCUUAACCCCCACAACAUUUCCUAUGUUCACUGCGACGUCACCAACGAUGACGACGUCCAAAGCGCCGUCAACACCGCCGUCUCGCGCCAUGGCAAGCUCGACAUCCUCUUCAGUAACGCCGGCAUCGCUGGGCGUUAUGACGCUUCCAAUUCCAUCACGGCCCUGGAUCCCGCUGACUUGAAGAGGGUUUUCGAGGUGAACGUCUUCGGUGCUUUCUACGCCGCCAAACACGCCGCUAAGGUUAUGGUUCCCAGAAAGAGCGGGAACAUUGUGUUCACUUCCAGCGUUGCUUCCGUGAGCCACGCGGGCGCGGCGCACCCAUACGCGGCGUCGAAGCACGCUGUGGUGGGUCUGAUGAAGAACCUGUGCGUGGAAUUGGGGAAGCACGGAAUCAGAGUUAAUUGCGUUUCGCCUUAUGCGGUGGGGACUCCUAUGCUGACUGGUACGAUGGGGAUGGAGAAGGAGAGAGCGGAGGAAGUGUUUUUGGAGGCCGCAAACUUGAAGGGAGUGGUUCUGAAGGAAGAGGAUGUGGCUGAAGCAACUUUGUUUCUUGCUAGUGACGAGUCAAAGUAUGUGAGUGGAGUUAAUCUAGUUGUUGACGGAGGUUACAGUACCACCAAUUCUUCUAUCCAUGAAGCUUUCAGAAGGUUUUCUCCUACUUAA